UGUAGACCUAAUUUGAACUUGUUAUCAGAAAAUUGGGAUUGUAUUUUAUUGAUUCGUCAAAACUUAACAUUUACUUUGACGUGUUCAUUUUAAUUUCUUAAAACGUAUUAGAUAAAAUGGAGGACAGUGAAAUUAAAUGCGAAAUAACGCCGUUUUCUCAAUCUGGAGAGUGCACAGAUGAAAUAGAGUUUGUAUUUGAUGACGAGAAAAGAUUAUAUGUUUCACAAAACUUUCUGAAGUAUGUGUCCCCAGUGUUUAAAGCAAUGUUCGAGCACGAUUUUAAGGAAAAGGAAAAUAAAAGCGUGACCAUGACAGGGAAAAAGUACGCAGAUGUUUUAGAAUUCUUACUUUGUUUACAUCCAAACGUGCAAAAGUCUGUUACUAAAGACAAUGUUCUUUCAGUCGUGCACAUAGCAGAGGAAUACCAAGCCAAAUUAAUGAUUACACGUUGCCAGAGUGUCAUGUCUGAUUGGCUCAAGUCAGAAUUGGCCUUGGCCCAAAAAACACAAUCGCUUGAGGAUAGAAGUAGACGGGCAAGAACUUGUCUGAGAGUGAUGUCUGAAGCAAACAGUCUACAAUACAAGACACUUGUUAAUGAAGCAUGUACAGUAAUUGCACACUUCGGACAUAGUAUAUUUACUGGAACAGUACAACUUCAAAGUUACUUUGGUCGUAAACCUCCUGAUGAUAAACCAGUUAAGGAUUGUAAAAAACUAUUUGACAACUUAUCCAUUGAAUUAAAAUAUCAAUUAAUACAUAAAAGAUUGGAAUUGCAUGAUGAUGUAGAAAUGCAUUGAGCAAAAAAGAAGUGAUGUGCAGUAAAGCAUUGCAUAUUUCUGUUGAAUAUAAUAGAGCCGUUCUCCAGAAAAUCUUGCAAUUUUGACCAAAAUAUCGAAUUUUAUGUUUUAAGCAAUUAUUGAAGUAACAUAAAAAAUUGAAAUUAUCUCAAAAGGAACCUGAGAUAGAUCUACAGCCUUUUGCAAUUAGAUACUGUUAUGUACAUAGCCGUGUUGAAAUAAAUAAUUCAAUAUAUCUCAUAUAAAACUAAUAAGCACAAGUACAACUAGGUAUAGAUGCAGUUUGUCAUAAUUUAUAUUCAUUAUAUUUUUAACAGAGUUCAUUGGAUAUUUAAUAAACAAUCAUUGUAACAGGA